GAAGAACAGCAGAAGAAAGACACAAAAAGUUAAUUUUUGUUUGGAUCGGAAGGAAGAGUUUUUCAAUAUUUUUGUGUUUAUUUUAGAAAUAGAAUAAGAAUUUAAUUUAUUUGAAAUCAAAAAACAAUUCAAUCAAACAAAAUGCCUGAAGAGGAAAUGCCAACGGCAUUUCUAAAAUUCAUAGAAAUGGAAAACUUCAAAUCAUACCGUGGCCAUUUAAUAGUUGGACCAUUGAAGGAAUUCACAGCAGUAAUUGGGCCAAAUGGAUCAGGAAAAUCAAAUUUCAUGGAUGCUAUAAGUUUUGUUAUGGGUGAAAAAACAUCGAGCCUUCGAGUGAAACGUCUGAACGAUCUUAUACAUGGUGCGUCGAUUGGCAAACCUGUGGCGCGCUCUUGUUAUGUUACAGCCAAAUUUAUAGUGAAUGGAGAUACUCAAGUGGACUUCCAAAGAUGUGUUACGGGUGGUUCAUCGGAGUACAGAAUCAGUGGAGAGAGUGUUUCGAGUAAUACCUACUUGUCGAGAUUGGAAAAGUUGGGGAUCAAUGUUAAAGCAAAGAAUUUCUUGGUGUUUCAAGGAGCUGUGGAAAAUAUUGCUAUGAAAAGUGCCAAGGAACGUACAGCUUUGUUCGAAGAGAUCAGUGGUUCUGGACUUCUUAAGGACGACUACAAUCGACUAAAACAAGAGAUGAAUCUUGCCGAAGAGGAGACACAAUUUACUUACCAAAAGAAAAAAGGAAUUGCUGCUGAACGCAAAGAAGCUAAACACGAGAAAAUGGAAGCUGAUCGUUAUGCCCGCCUAAAGACAGAAUAUAACGAAAAACAAGUGGAAUAUCAAUUGUUUCGGCUCUUUCACGUCGAGAAAGACAUCGAGAAACUCAACAAAGAUCUGGAAGCCAAACAGGAGGAAAUAAAAGCCGUCGAAGUGAAGAAAGAACAAGCCGAUGAAGUCCUAAAGGAGAAGAAAAAAGAAUCCGGCAAAAUAGGUCGUGAUCUGGCCAAAGUCGAUCAAGAAAUUCGUGAAGUUGAAACUUCAAUCAAUAAAAAACGACCACUCUUCAUAAAGGCCAAAGAAAAGGUAUCGCAUUGUCAAAAGAAACUCACGUCAUUGGUAAAGACCCUAGAGACAGCCAAAGAAGCUGACAAUGCCCAUCAAUGUGACAUCAGGAAUUUGGAUCAAAAACUAGCCGAUGUUGAGGCUUUGAAGAAACGCUUCGAAGAAGAGAUCGAGGGAGAAUCUCAGAGGCGUGGCAAGAGUGUUCACAUGGAAGAGGGUCUCGUUCAGGAGUAUGAUCGUCUCAAGCAAGAAGCUGAAGCAACAGCCACACAAUAUCGAUCGAAUUUGGAUUCGGUCAAUCGUGAGCAAAAAUCCGAUCAGGAUUUACUUGACAGCGAAAUGAACCGCAAAGCAUCAAUCGAUGAGGCAUUUAAGAAGUUGACUCUUCAGAAGGAAGAAGCCAUGAAGCGACACGAUAAGCUUAUGGAUCACAUCAAAUCCAGUCAGGCGGCUCUUGAGGAGCAGAAUCGUAUAAAGGAAGAUCUAAGGCGUGAUGUUGGCUCAUCGAAGGAGAAAAUUGCAGAGAAGCAACGUGAGUUGGAGAAUGUUCGUGAUCAGUUGGGCGAUGCCAGAAUUGAUAAACACGAAGAUGCUCGCCGAAAGAAAAAGCAAGAAGUUGUGGAGUUGUUUAAGAAACAGGUCCCCGGAGUAUACGAUCGGAUGAUUAACAUGUGUCAACCCACACACAAACGAUACAACGUUGCAGUUACCAAGGUGCUGGGUAAAUACAUGGAGGCCAUAAUUGUCGAUACUGAGAAGACAGCACGUCACUGCAUUCAGAUCCUCAAGGAGCAAAUGUUGGAAGUAGAGACUUUCCUGCCACUGGACUAUUUGCAAGUGAAGCCACUGAAAGAACGAUUGAGAAACAUCUCGGAGCCUCGUAAUGUGAAGCUGGUCUUUGAUGUCCUUAAAUUCGAUCCGCCAGAGAUUGAGCGUGCUGUCUUGUUUGCAACCAACAACGCCCUCGUCUGUGAGACCCCUGAGGAUGCCAUGAAAGUUGCCUACGAAAUUGAUCGCAGUCGAUUUGAUGCUCUCGCUUUGGAUGGAACAUUCUAUCAGAAAUCUGGUAUCAUAUCUGGUGGUAGUCAUGAUUUGGCUCGGAAAGCCAAACGAUGGGACGAGAAGCAUAUGGCACAGUUGAAAAUGCAAAAAGAAAAACUCACCGAGGAAAUGAAGGAGUUGGUGAAGAAAUCACGCAAGCAGAGUGAGCUGGCAACUGUUGAGAGCCAAAUUCAGGGCUUAGCAAAUCGUCUAAAGUACAGUAUGGUAGAUUUGGAAUCGUCCAAAAAAUCAAUUUCACAAUUUGACAGGCAGUUAAAGGAUGUUCAAGGUCAACUUGAUGAAUUUGGCCCAAAAAUUAGUGAAAUCGAACGCCGAAUGUUAAAGCGUGAUCAGCGUAUUCAGGAGAUCAAAGAAAACAUGAACAACGUCGAAGAUAAAGUUUUUGCUAAAUUCUGUCGUCGUUUAGGUGUCAAAAACAUCCGUCAAUACGAAGAGCGGGAACUCGUAAUGCAACAAGAGCGUGCCAGGAAGCGGGCUGAGUUCGAACAGCAAAUCGAUGCAAUUAAUACGCAAUUAGAUUUUGAGAAACAAAAGGACACAAAAAAAAAUUUGGAACGUUGGGAGAGAGCCGUUCAGGAUGAAGAAGACGCCCUGGAAGAUCUAAAAGUAGCUGAAAAACGGUACUUGAAAGAAAUCGAACAAGAUAAAGAAGCUAUUGAAAAGUUAAAGCAAGGAAAACUAACCAAAAAGACUGCCGUUGAUGAAAUGGAGGAAGAAAUCUCGAAGGCUCGUCGUGAUGUUGCAAACUUGGCUAAAGAAAUUCAUUCCCUGGGUAGUCAAGUGUCUGGCAUUGAGGCGAAAAUUGAGACUAAAAAGAACGAGAGACAUAAUUUGCUGAUGCAAUCUAAGAUGGAUUGUAUAGCUAUUCCAUUACAUAAAGGAUCUCUGGAUGAUGCAGUUCGGCAAGGUGAUUCGGAAACUACAACAAAUGGAACAUCGACUUCUAUGAUUCUUGAAAAGGAAAAUCUAAUUGAAGUCAACUACAGCUCGUUGCCUCGUGAACUUUGUAAACUUAAAGACGACUCACACUUCAAAAAAACCAACGAUUCUCUGCAAAAGGAUUUACAAUCCAAAUUGGACAUUCUUGAGCGAAUUCAAACACCCAACAUGAAAGCCAUGCAAAAAUUGGAUCGUGUUACCGAAAAAGUCGCCUCUACAAAUGAAGAAUUUGAAAAUGCCCGUCGCAAGGCUAAGAAAGCAAAAGCAGCAUUUGAAAAGGUCAAAAACGAACGUGCUGAAAAAUUCAUUCGUUGUUGUAAUCAUAUUUCGGAGGCAAUCGAUGGCAUUUAUAAAUCUCUAGCACGCAACGAAGCAGCUCAAGCCUAUUUGGGUCCGGAUAAUCCUGAAGAACCCUAUUUAGAUGGAAUAAAUUAUAAUUGUGUUGCACCGGGAAAACGUUUCCAACCGAUGAGUAAUUUGAGUGGUGGUGAGAAGACAAUUGCUGCUUUAGCUUUGUUGUUUUCUAUUCACAGUUUUCAACCUGCUCCAUUUUUUGUUCUUGACGAAAUUGAUGCAGCUUUGGAUAAUACGAACAUUGGAAAAGUCGCAUCUUAUAUUCGCGAUCAUACGAUGAACCUACAAACUAUUGUCAUUUCGCUCAAAGAGGAGUUUUAUGGACAUGCUGAUGCAUUGGUUGGAAUUUCACCAGCUGAUGGAGACUGUUUAAUUUCCAAUGUUUAUCUUUACGACCUUACAGAAUUUCCAGACAAAUAAUUUUAUGUUUUUGUAUUGAAAUAUUUAUUAAUUUGUAUUACAUUAAAAAAAAAAAACUAUACUAAAACUAAUAAAUUAAAAAAAAAAUAA